AUGUCAAAUAUUAAAGAAUUAAAUCAUAUACUCAGCUAUAUAAGCAAUGAAGAAAAAAAUAGUACUGGCCUCGAAUGUUUAGACUACAGAAUCACAAUAUCAAACCUAUCAUCAUCUUUAAAAAGAACUAUAAAAUAUUUAGAAAAAAAAAACUCAAUUCCCCCACUUCAAAGCAAAAGCUAUAUUCAAACAUGUCAAAAAUCAAUAGGAUCAAUCAAAGAUGCUGAUAUAAAAAAUCUACUCUUAAAAUCUAUUCAACUCAUUGAAGAAUUAACAGAAAAGGAUUUAUCAAACAUUGACUUGUUAAAUUCAUAUUUCUAUUCAAAAAAAAAAAAGAAUGCAUUCAUUGUUGGAGAUAAUGAAAACAAUGAGAGAGUAAAAAACAAUGUAAAUCAGAUUCAGAGAAUAUUUGAUAAAUGUGGUUUCUUUUGUUACACAACAUAUAAUAUUCAAGACUUUUCGGAAUACUUGAAAAACAACAUCAAAAACAAUGACUAUUCAAUCGAUUUUAUUUUUUACUACACUGGUACAUAUAAUAAAGAAAAGAAUAGCAUUUACUUAUACUCAAAUAUCCCAGAGAAUAUGAACAAACUUUACAAAAACCAAACCUCAAUAUUUACCACAUCUUUAAUCGACCGUAUUAAUAGUGAUUUAGAAUCAAACAUUGGUAGAAACAUUUCGGAAAUUUCAAAGAUCAUCCAAUUUGACAUCACCGAAAAACUUAAUAUAAUGAAACCAUUAGAAUUGUUACUGAUAGGAGUAGACGACGAGUCAGUCAUCAAAUAUGUUAAUAAAGAAAAAGAUAUCAUUAUGGAGCAGUAUGACUCAAAAAUAACUGAAUUAAUGUUUGGUAAAAUUUUAUUAAAUCAUUUCCCAAUCAUUUUAGACGGUGAUAUUUCCAUUAUGAAAUAUUUAGCUGCUUACUUAUUAGCCUCACUUUCAGGUAAAACUCCAUCAGCUGCUGAUGUUACCAAAGUUCUCCAAUCAGUUGGUAUCGAAGUUGAUGAAGCUCGUGUCAACGCUGUUGUCAAAGAAUUAGAAGGUAAAGACGUCAAUGCCUUAAUUGCUGCUGGUAAAGGUAAAAUCGGUUCAUUCGCCGCUGCUGCCGCCCCAGUUGCUGCUGCUGCCGCUGCCCCAGCUGCCGCUGCCAAGAAAGAAGAAAAGAAAGAAGAAAAGAAAGAAGAAUCCGACGACGAUAUGGGUAUGGGUUUAUUCGAUUAA